AUUCCGCCGCUCCUCCUCCCCGCGCGAUCCCGCCAUCCUCUCCCGGACCUCGCCGGCAAGCAAGCUCCAAGGCCUCGCCGGCCCGGCCGUCCGCGGCGCCAGACCGGAAGCGGCUAUCAGUACCAGCGCGCCCGCAGCCGAUCGACCACCCCGCCGGCCGGGACAGGGGUCACGGUAGGAGGGAUGGCGACGGAGGCGUUCGAGAUGUACCGGCAGUCGGAGAUCGGCUACGCCCUGACGGAGACGCUGGACGAGAUGGUGAGCAGCGGCGUGCUCAGCCCCGACCUCGCCAUCACCGUCCUCCUGCAGUUCGACAAGUCCAUGGGACACGCGCUGGAUAAGCAUGUCAAGAGCAGGGCCUUCUUCAAGCGCGGCAAUCUGCGCACGUACAGGAACUGCGAUGACGUCUGGACAUUAAUCUUGAGAGACGUGACGUUCAAGAACGAGGAUAUCGAAACAGUCCUCCACAAAGUGAAGAUCGUCGCCUGCGAUUCUGCUGUGCUUAAGAAGCCUCUCGAACCUAUUACUUGCCAUCAGUGCCAACCAUAGUCCACUUCAUGAUGCACCAGGCGCCAUCCCCAAACUAUGGCUUAUGGAGCAUCUAGGCAACUUCCAUUGUGCUAGAGCAUGGUAUUUGUGAAGUUGUUAUUGUUUGCAUCGCCACUGGAAUGAUGGUUUCGCUCUUUCCUGUCAAUAACAUAACUUAUGGAUGAGUGGAACUACGAAUAGAAUGUGGCAUCUUUGUGAUUUUCUGUAUUCAAAUACACAUAUCCUUACACAAAGUAGAUCUGGAACUAUAUAUAUGUAAUAAGCACUA